AUGCCUCAACACUCUCGCAUCAUCGAGCGCACCAUGGAGAUGCCCGUACCCCGCCUAUUUGACGGUGGAGGGCUUCAGUUUAGGAGAAUAACGGAGACAGAUGUUUGGACCGGGCCUAACGUAUACGACAGUGGCACGAUGCAAGGCCAGUUCGAAGCAUCAGCUCUCCUAUGUGUAGAGUCCACCACAAGAGAUGAAUUUGUCGGCGGACCAUCUAGUGAAGGCGAGCACGUGGGACAGAGAUACGUCUCGAGCGAAGGACUGGCUGCGCCAGCUUCGACCCCCUACUCAUCGCCCACGGUUGGUCAUGGUCUGCAUCUCGAGGUUAUCCCGCCCUCGUCGGAGCCGACAGCGUCCCACAAGUCCUUCAUCACGCGCACGCCUAUGUUAAGUGUAGACCGUAGCCCUUUUAGCGUUACAUCCAGCUCUCUGGCGACACCUGAACCACCAAACCCAGCCCUUCUCGGUGACAACUGGCCUUGUCAGACGCCCGAUAUCACGGAGUUCGACUACCAGGGGAUUGAGGAAUUAGAUAAUGAGGCCGCAGCUUAUCGGUGCGAGCCCGGCUGGGACCCUUGUUUGUUCAACGGGUCAGGCUCCACUUCCUCGGCCCCUGCGGCUCUUGAUGUCUCCGCUGCUGGUGUUUACGGCCUGCAGGGCGGAACUGGUGGUGCCCAUAUACGAAUGCCGUCACCGACUCAUGUCGGACCGUCUGCUAUACCCCUCGAUUUGCCGACCACCAGCCAUGAAACGUAUGGGUCGGAUCUUGAGCAGUGGAUGGUUCAGCUCGACACAACACCGUCUGAGCUUCAAACUACUGCCCUUCAGCUGGAGCCGGAGAUACGAUCACCUCGGAAUCCAGUCCGCGACAUGCUCUUCCCCGUUGUAGAAUCAGAUACGAACUCUUCGGGCUUACUGCAAGUACCGCAAUGGCGUGUGUUUGGACCUUUCGAACCGCUCUCGAAUUAUCGUGAACACGCUCAGGUGGACAUACCCGCUACGUCCUCUCUGAUCACGCAUGAACUCACUCCUCUUACGGACUUCUCGUCUCUUCCUUCCUCGCCGACGUCCUCGCAGUCGCUUAUCCAGUAUAUCAAUGACGACGGCGACGACAAUAACGACAUGACUACUCAGAACGAACUUGAUAUAAUGAUGCUAUCUCCGCUCACUUCCCUCAGUUCCAUCCCUCCGUCACCUCAAUCAGACCUUCACUCUCUACCGCAGUCAUUGCAUCCCGCUACGCCUGCCCUCUUGCCUAUCCGGACCGAUGCGCUCCAGCUCAGCUCGCGUUCUCUUCCGGCCACCCCUCAUCCAUUAUCUCAGGUGUAUUUCCCCUCCGCUGAGCCAAGUCCCGUUGCUGCAUCCUCUCGCUCGGUCAGUGUCACCCCUUCCUCUGCUUCAACGGAAGACGUCUUGCCUGCCGAGCCGAAAUCCUCAUCGCGCGAGACUCCGAUCGAACCACCCUCAGUCCGAUUUGAGGUUCCUCCCCCUUCAUUCUCGAACCGUCCUGUCACUCGUGCGUCCCGUCGUGCGACACUCGAUCUGGAUGUCGCGAAGAUAUCAGGUCUAUCUCAGGCUCCUCGUUCGCUUCCUCCCUCCCCAAUACCUCUUUCGGCGGCUUCUAACCCGCGGACGGCCCCUACGAGAAGUAAAAAGCGCUCUCGCGAGCCCGGCGUCGAGUCCCGUAGGUCCUCGAAACGCGCAAAAGGCAAGGCCCCGGCACGCGGUACAAAGUCGAAGUCAAAAACAGCACCCAAACCGACGGACAACAGUGACGAUGACGAAUAUCGCGAUCAAGAGGAUACUGUGGACGACGAGAGUGAAGCAUCGAACGCUGGCGAUGUUGUUAACGAGCCAUCUCCAAGACCCAGUAAAGAAAAGCGCAUCCGGCUCGAAACACUUCAGCCUCACCGGUGCCAGUACUGCGGCCUUUCGAACACGAGAAAUACCAAUAUAUACCUGUCCAAUCUGUAA